UCAUAUAUAGAAGACAUUGUUUCACAAUGUACAUGGUUUUGAAUAGUUUUUUUUUUAGUUAGUUUUCAUUAUGAUGGAAAAUGAUAAUAUCAGUUCCAGUGCUCAGUCCACCUACGGACCUGGAUCUGUCCAGGACGGAGUAGAACGGAGAGAUGAUGGAGGAGGAUCAAGUCCCAACCUUGAACACUGGAUGAAGAGACACAUAACGAACAACAUACUUGGGGAGGCGGAGAGGGAUUUGAAGGAUGCCCUGGAACAUCAGAAACAGCGGAGGGCUUUGAAGAAGAGAAUGCGUAUGAUGGAGAAGGACUUGAACCGUCCUAAAAAAUCUCUCUCUGCGUACAAUAUAUUCGUUCAAGAAGCUGUGCGGAAGAUAAAGGAUAAAGAGGGGGGAUCAGAGACUCAUCGCGUAUUGUUUGCUCAAGCAGGAGCAGAAUGGAACGGAUUGGAGGACUCGGAGAAGCAGGAGUACUAUGAGAAGGCUGCUGAGCAGAGACUCAAGCACAAUGAAGAGAUGAAGGCUUAUGAGGCACGUUUGGAUGCAGAGUAUAAGAAGUAGAAAAACAUUCUCAACAUCGACCUCAAGAUCUGCUUCCCACAGUUAUCAGCCAUAUCAGAGACCAGAGUUUUGUCUUUUACUCGUGGUCCCUGACCUCGAAUACCAUGUAACCAUGUCCUUGCAACCAGAGGACAGAACCUACUGUGCAUUAAAUUUAUUUACGUUGGCUUGUUAAUCUAUUUUUUUCUAUUUCUGAUAAGUUUCGGACUUUUUUUAAUUUAAUACUUCGUAGAUUUGUUUCGCCGCGACAUAUAGAUUUUGAUUAAAGAAAAUUGUUUUUUUUUUGUUUUAACAUAAACAUGUUAGAUUGUAGUUCGUGUGAGAUCAAGUUGAAAUAUCUCAAUUGUAAACUUAAUUUUCGUUACAUAACUUUUCUUUUUCUUAACCUUUAAUUUUAAAUGUAAAGCUUUUUUGAAAUGUAAAGGAAUGGUAAGUGAAUGUUUAAUGAUAGUUCGUCUUUCCUACAGAAAAGAUGGAAAAAUGCAUUCGUUUAGAGAUAUAACGAGAUACAACGAGAUACCGCGUUAAGAUCAACAUAGUUCAGGACAUAAGGUUGAAGUUGGGAGCUGAUGAGAGCAAGGAUUGCAGUGCUAACGAGAGUUUAGAAUUUGAAGUAUAAAAAAGUAUGAUGUAGAAUGUAGAAUGUAAUCACUAGAUUUAAAUGUGAUUUUUGUGAUAACUCUAAAUUGAAACUAGCUUAUGAGAAUUAUAUUAUAUCGUAAUUUUUG